GAAUGUUCCCCAGAGUCGUCGCCUCGCUCGGUUUUCCCCUUCCUCCUCACGCACGACCGCCCUCAACUUCCGCCGCCGCCUCCGCCUCCGCCGUCGCGAACUCGGUGUCGGCUUCCCCGGCGCCCCCCAUUCAGCGCCGCCUCCGCCUGCAGAGGCAGGCGGCUGCUGGAGAGCGAGGUCAUGUUGGAGAAAGACAGGAUAUCCUAUUUCUACGAUGGGGAUGUGGGUAAUGUGUACUUUGGGCCAAAUCACCCGAUGAAACCGCAUCGCCUUUGCAUGACACAUCAUCUUGUGUUAUCAUAUGAACUUCACAAGAAAAUGGAGAUAUAUAGACCGCACAAAGCAUAUCCAACGGAGCUUGCGCAGUUCCAUUCUGCUGAUUAUGUGGAGUUCUUGCACCGGAUAACUCCUGAUACCCAACACCUGUAUGCAAGUGAAUUAACUAGAUACAAUCUUGGAGAGGACUGCCCAGUAUUUGAUGAUUUGUUUGAGUUCUGCCAAAUUUAUGCCGGGGGAACUCUAGAUGCGGCUCGAAGACUAAAUCAUAAAACAUGUGAUAUUGCUAUUAAUUGGGCUGGUGGGCUGCAUCAUGCAAAGAAGUGUGAGGCGUCAGGCUUCUGCUACAUUAAUGACCUGGUUUUGGGAAUUCUGGAGCUUCUCAAGUAUCAUGCUAGGGUUCUCUAUAUUGACAUUGAUGUUCAUCAUGGAGAUGGAGUAGAAGAAGCCUUCUAUUUCACAGACAGGGUAAUGACUGUAAGUUUCCACAAGUAUGGUGACAUGUUCUUUCCUGGCACCGGUGAUAUUAAGGAUAUAGGAGACAGGGAAGGAAAAUAUUAUGCCAUCAACAUCCCACUUAAAGAUGGCAUAGAUGACACCAGCUUUACUCGGCUUUUUAAGACGAUUAUUGCCAAAGUUGUUGAGACAUAUCUGCCAGGUGCUAUUGUUCUUCAGUGUGGAGCUGAUUCAUUGGCGCGGGACCGCCUAGGGUGUUUUAAUCUUUCAAUUGAAGGCCAUGCUGAAUGUGUAAAGUUUGUUAAGAAAUUUAAAAUCCCCCUGCUGGUGACAGGAGGUGGUGGGUACACCAAAGAGAAUGUAGCACGCUGUUGGGCUGUUGAAACUGGGGUUCUUCUAGACACAGAGCUCCCAAAUGAGAUCCCUGACAAUGAAUACAUUAAGUACUUCGGUCCAGAUUAUACAUUGAAAGUACCAAAUCUGAACAUGGACAACCUGAAUAGUAAGACGUAUCUCAGUUCAAUCAAAGUGCAAGUCAUGGAGAGUUUGCGGGCCAUACAACAUGCACCUGGCGUUCAGAUGCAAGAGGUUCCACCAGAUUUCUAUGUCCCAGACUUUGAUGAAGACGAGCUGGAUCCUGAUGAACGCGUUGACCAGCAUACCCAAGACAAGCAGGUUCAUCGUGACGACGAGUACUAUGAAGGCGACAAUGACAAUGAUCACGAUGACGGCGGACAUUGAAAUCGGAGUCUUGGCGAUGCAUGUAGGUGGAAGCUGAAAGUCUUUCCUGAGCGGCUGCUGUGCAGUUUAACAUCCUGGGUUGGAACAUAGUUGGUUGAUUGACAUUUUAGGAUCUACUCCUAACUAACAGCAGCUGCUAGGGCUGGAGAACAUUGUGGGAGAAUGUAACAUUGUGAGAGAAUGUUUCCCAAAAAGGAACAUUGUGGGAGAAUGUAACAUUUCCUGUUGUACAACAUAGUACGAUUUCACAUUCUUACUCAAGUUCAAAAAUCUUUUCAGUACUCUUUUA